AUGCGGAUUAAAAAGCAUAAUUUGAUUUCAUUCAAACGAACACAAUUCAAUAGCAUAACAAGUAGGGUUGAAGACGCGGAAAAAAAUUUCAUACCUGUAGCGAUUGCAAAGUUCAUUGAAAGGGUUGGAAGGAAAGAAAGAUUUCUUGCAACCCUAAGCAAAAUGAAUAAAUAUCUCACAUUGUUGAUGCUUUUCUGGUGGUGUUUUUAUUGA